AUGGUGUCGGCUAUGAGGAACAUUAAGAAAGUACGGUUCCCAAAACCAAUGAGAUCUGAUCCCAGUCAAAGGGAUCCUAAUUUGUGGUGUGACUAUCAUGGAACCAAUGGCCAUCGGACAUGGGAUUGCCGGUAUUUGCGCGAGGAGGUGUGGACAUUGCUGAAAAACUACCAUCUUAGUGAAUUCUUGACUGAUCAGGCUAAAAAGAAUUACGGCCGCAAUCGUGAUAACGCGGAACCUUCAAAAGCAGGUAUCCUGCCAGAAGUGGCCAUGCACAAACUAAGCUUGGAUCCCAACACCCCUCCGAUAAGACAGAAAAAACAUCCUAUUGCCGAGAUCAGAAACAAAUUAGUCAAAGAAGAG